UACUACAAAAUAAUUCUUUAAAUAAACAUGAGGGCCAAAUACCCCAUAAUUCCUGUUAUAUGAGAAAAUAAAUCCAAGACUGUUGUUAGGAAGAAAAUAGCUUCUUAAGAUUAAUAAACAGUCUUUUCUCUGAUGCUUCUGAAAGGAGAAAGCUUUCAUCCCUCCUGUGUACCAGAGGUUUAAUCUCAUCCUUCACAAAAAGGCUCUGUACAAAUACUGCCUGUGUUGCUAUGCAAAUCUGGUCUUUCCCAACAGCUGCUGGAAGAAGCUUGGUUUUGAAUUCCUGGUGAAACAAAUAGCUUUUUGGAAAGCCUGUCACUUGCUGUUUUGUGUUCAGUGAGGUGUCAUGAGGCAACUGAGCUCAUUUAACAUCUUGCUUCUGCCAAGAGAUGGUCCCAGACACACACUGCCACCAAUUGUCUCAUGCUAGUUCUUGUGCUCAUCUGUGUACUUAGCAAGCUCAAGCCAGCAAAAACUGUAACAGACCCCCCCAAAAUAAUGCCAAAAGAACAAUUCUAAAAAAAGGGCUUAUUUUCUUCUGGCAAUGUGUGCUGAAUCACCAUUGCAAGGGGUCAAACAAUGCCAGAUCUGACACGUGAAAGAAAAUCAAACACAUACUUUGACCCAUGCAACAUAUCUGUUCCUGAACUGCAAUCGAAGAAAUGAUUGCUUUUGCUUUAGAAUGUCUAGAGCUGUUUUUCAAGAGCAAAGGAAGGACACAAUGGCUGCUAUUUUGUAAAAGUAAAGCCUUUUCAGGGUUCUUACGUUUCUGAUUUAAACAUCUUUAAGAAAGUGAUCCCAGUAUCUUUAUUUAAAGUGAGCAUCACUGACAUACAUUCUAUCUCACUUGUUUGCUCUGUUACUUCAAGGCACGCAUGUCCAGCUCUGCUGCAUCCCCCUCACAUUGCAUGGGAAUGGCACCUUCUUCAUCCUCCCUGCAGGAACUGCCCUUAGACCACCGGCACUCAUUAUUACAUUGUUCUCAUGAUAGCCCAGACUGCUGACUGUAGUCUUGCCCAGUGCUCCAACCCUGUUGUUUUCCAUUUUGAGGCACCACCCUUUGCUAUAUUUUCAUCUCGUGCUCUUUCCAUCUCCAGGCAAUCCUGAAAGUCUAGGCUCCCUGGUCUGGUAUCUUCCUCUGCAGCUAUGUUUUGCUUAAGAAGUGCAAAACUGCAUUUUCUGAGGGUUGGAGGACUGCCUGAUUUUCACAUUAAUUUUGCUUAAUUAUGGUGAAGGAUUGGCACAUCAGAUGUCCUGCAGUGUUCACCAGGAGCACACACAAGGCUGGAAUACAGAAAGCUCAGAGCUGUGGUACCCCUCUCAUAAUUAAAGGUCCAUCAUCCUGUUGUGCAUAUUUGACUUUAUCAGCUUGUUGUUGUUUCUAGUGUCCCACUGCAUUUUCUGACAUACAGAAAUCCUGCAGGAGUUUUAAAACCGUAGUGUGUAAUCAGUAAUUUUCUCAUAAAUAUCCCCAAUGUUUGGCAUUGCUGAUUGGCAAUGAUGCAAAAAGAAGGUUAACUUUUUAAAUUUAAUUUUCCAGAGGUACUGUAUUGGAAGGUACUUUUCCACUUGAGUUUGUGCACUGUAGGAAGUAAUUACCUCUUUGGCACCAGCAUGUUCGCUGGCCACGCAGAGUGCUCCUCUUUCACUCCAGCAUGGAGUAAAGCAGCUCAUUUUGGAUGCUCUGAAGAGCACAUGGAAAAAUAAAUGCUGGUGCAGAAGGAUGGGUUCCAUUGUGGUCUGCAUCUUGGCUGCAGAGGUGGAGUGGUGGAACUGUCUUGCUAUCUCCCCUGAAUUUCUUAGUCCCGCCUCCUGGGACUGGGAGAAACUGAGGCAUGCUCUGGAGCUGUCAGGUGUGGUGUGAUGAAUGCAUGGGUUUCCAGUCCAAGGGGCAGGAAAACUAAAGGGAGCACAAGGCAUUAUCCUAAGUCCCUUGCUCCACAGGAGGAAAUUGAAUGUCUAGUGACCUGCACUUGAAAGCUGUAUAGAUCAAGUUAUCAUAACCUACAGCUGUAGGGAGGAGAUUACCACAUCCUCAACUUUCUAAACAACAGAGUUGUUUGAAGGCCAAGAGUUUAGUACAAAUAAUCAUUAAAACAUGUACUGUUUGUUUAUUGUUUUUUAAAGGUGCAGAAUUAAGCACUCAGAAGUUAGGAAAUGCCAGAGUUAAGGCAGUAGAUGUCUCCCUGUCUGUGUUCUUUUGGCUGAAGCUGAGGGCCAUGCUGAUGGGAGCACACAAAUAUUGUGGAUCUGGUGGCGCUGGCAAUCUGUCAGCAUCUGGCCACAUCAGAUGCUCUGAGUACACCUGGCACAGGCUGAAUUCAGCUGAAGCUGGCAGGACUCAGCAACACCUUCCUGGAGACAGUCAGGUCAUGCCCUUCCAUCAGGCAGACAGAAAAUGGGGCAUCCAGAUCAGUGGGCACAACAGGAGAGGCUCAGCCAGCUGAUUUAGCUUGUUAUAGGCAGAUGCAGUGGGACACAGAUGCAUUUUUACCUGUCACCACCAUUGCCUCCUCUCCUUGGCCUCAGCCCCAUCAUCUGGUGAGAUCUGCAGCACACCCACACAAACCCUCUACUGUGCUGUAGCCUUGCUUCAUUUCUGAAGGAAAUGAUGCAUGUUAACUUGCUGUUGAUAUGCACACAGAGAAGAUGUUUAAAUAAAAUUAUAUGGGUAGGUGCAGCUCUGGUCUGGUAUUGGACUGAAAGAGUGUAACACAGAGUACAGCCUGUAUUUUUCCUGUUCACAGUUCACUGCUUUAACAGGUACCUUCUGCCGUAGAUCCCUGUGUUGUUUAUUUAACUCUGCCCAGCAUCUGGGGGAAGGGAGUCUCAUUCGCUGUGAGAGCCUGCUGAAAAGUUACUAUGUAAUGUCCAACAGCCCCUUUAGCAACAAACACUUGGAGCCUGGGAGAUAACACACAUCCCUCUGUGCCCUAUUUUUGUUCUAGCUGGGCACAUAACUUGAGAUCCAUCUCCUAGGGUGCUUUAAGAACUGCCUAGCAAGACUACUCUCAGAUUGGUUAAUUGGUCCCAAACUCUGAAAAGUAGUAAAGGACAUCCUUUUCUGCAGGUGGGCCUGGUUUCUGGAUCUACAGAAAUCCUGUGUUUCUGAGAUCUGUGCUUACAAGUGAUGGAUUUUUAAAGCGGUUUUUGCUCACUCAAAGCAACUUUCCAAGGGUUUUGAGAGGAUUAUUGAAAAAUACAGUAUUUAAAAUAUAUAACAUUAAUUAUAAGUGAAUUUAGAGAGGCUGUAAAGUCAUUGUAGAUGCUGAAAGUGUCAAAACAGCUGUGAGUUGUCACUGCUUCAGAAGCUUUUUCUUCAGGUGAAGGCUCUUAGAGAGCUUUUAAAGUAAUUCUUGCUAAUUACUGUGUAUAUCUACACUUAGAAAAUCUGUUAGCUACUUCCUUUCUAAAUCACAGCAGCAGAAAAAUAGAAAAUUCAGAUUCUUUUUGGAUGUUGUUUACAUAUUGGGUUUCAGACUUCUCCAAACAUAUUAAAAUGAAAUGAAAACUUGAGAUUCUCACAGCCAUAUAAUUCCAGAAUGUGGAACUUCAAAGAAGAAAAGGGCAUUAAAUAUUCUAAGACCCACUUGUACUUUUAUGUCAGGAUAAGGAGUCCAGAUAUUCCCUUUGUAUUUUCCCUCCCGUUCCUACUCAUGCUAGCAGCUGUUCCACUCUACCAUUUUGCUUUCCAGGGUAAUGACUCUUGGGACUGAGCUAUCUCACUGACCAUCUGUGGCCCAUACAGCAAUUUGUAGUGGAUAAUCCCUCACACUAAAUCCUCUCAGCACGUGCUGCAUGUUAGUUUUGGACUUUGUCCUGUUUUGAGCUCGCUGUAGGCCUGUGAGUGACUGCAGCAAGGUGCCAUCCUUCUUGCAACCAGGGGAAAGGUACAGGGCUCUUUGGAGGACAGUUAAUUCAGUGCAGUUGGGGUUAUUCAAGGGGUCCCAAACCCUGUUUACCACUGGGAAUUAGUUAAAAUCUGUGGGGAAAAAUAUGCAGCCAAGUCACAGUAUUGCUUUCAUAAAGCUUUCCAUCAGGAAUAGGGCUAGGCCUUGUGCAGUUGUAAAAAAAAAAUACACACAAACUCUCAAAGAGGCACCAAGUGUCCCAUGUAUUUUACAUGCUUUCUAAAUGGUCAUUGCUUUCUAAAUGCACAGGAUUUAUGUUCUUAUCCUAGUCGCUUUUCUCACUCUUUUCCAAACCAGUGACAACUUAGCAUCAUCAUAUCCUACCAGACUCCAGCACUGGCUAGCAGAGAUUCAUCACAGAUUUACCUAGCAUGGGCAUGGUUGUCCUACGUCAGACUGAAAUUUCAUCUAGUACUGUCUCUGGUAGCCCAAAACCUCCAGAAUUUAGGGUACUACACAAGAGCAGUGGUGGGCAGUAUCUUUUUAUGAAUCUCUUCCAGUAUGCAGGAAGCUGCGUACAAUUUCUUGAGGAACAUACUGCCCCUCUAUGCAUGCAGGGGAUUAUUUUUUCCAUGAACAAAUUAGUUUAAUUUCUGGGUAACCCUGAGCCACUGGCUUUCACACACUGUGUGGCUGUUCAAGCACGGACUGCAAAGAACACACAGCCUGUGCGUGCUGUUGGGCUCUAUGCCAAACUUCCCAGUGACCACAGCAAGGAGUCCCUCUGGUUGUCUCUUUGUGGGGUGAGGGAUCUCAGCCAAGAUGGUCAAUUUUCCUGCAAGAGCUCUGCCAUACCUCUAUUCCCUUUUACCUUCCCUGCAUGUUUGCUAAGGCAUAGAGGCAUUUCACCAGGAUUUAUUUCUAGGCAACUCUCCCCAGCCUCUUCCCUCUGCCUCUCACUUUUACUCAGCUUCCCCGUUUCCACCAACUUGUUGUUUUUACAUAAUGCUGCUGUAACUUUCGACGGGAUGAAGACCUGGCUCUGCUUCUCCUUUUUGGAGUAAGCAAACUGCCCAAAAGCCUGGAGUGUCUGCAAGCUGCAGAAAAUCCUGUGCCCAGUCCAGUGUGGAUGUUUGCAGUCCAGUUACAAAAGCCGCGUGUUUGCAUUAUGUUAAUCCCCUGGCUUUGGCUACACUGGGCAGGCAGGACCUAUUGCAGCAUGGAGAAUGACAUCAUUUGGAAAAAGGGCUGCUGCAUGAGGCUGCCAGAAGCUAUGCAGCAUCCCUCCCCUUUUAUAGGGGAUGGCUGCUCCAUCUCAGCAGGAGAAGGCUGCUUUAUCAAUUGGAAUAGUUUUAGUGACUGUAGAAGAUGUAACACGAUACAAUACCAUAAAUCCUGUGAUUUGUUCAUUAAGCUCUGUGACCUAGAGAUCUGCCUCAUCUUAAUGCAUACAUUGUUUUUUACUUCCCUAAUUUGCCUUUUACAAAUGGUGGCAGGAAUACCAGGAAAGCGUAACUGAUAUGAUGCUGCAUGCAAGCUCACCCACGUGCUACUUGUGAUCUGCGCAAGGAGCUGCAGAGACAUAAAAUGCAGGAUGACUGGGCUGCUUAGUGAAUGCUUCCAGCUCACUAAUGCUGAAAUGCCAUAAAGCAUCCUGCAUUCCGAAACCAGCACAUGACUCUCAGCAUCGCCAUUCUGCCCGAUUCUCCCCUUAUGGACGCAGUUACAAAAACGGCAGCUAAGCACAGACGUAUCCCUGGCAUGCUGUCAGGCAGCCUUGCUGGAGGAAGAUUUUUUUUCCCCCUGCAAGCUGCCAAGGUGGACUCCUUAGCUCCUGCGAUAGACUGAAUGAGACUGCAGUUCCCCCAUCAGUUUCAUAAUACUCAGAAAGCAUCCAUUUACAUCAUUGUGUGCAGUGCAGGGCAGCAGCUGCCAGGAAAUUUGAAACUAUUUUGAUUCCAGUUGACUAGAACAGCAGCAAUUGAAUUAGCUGGUAUCGCUAUAGAUAAACUGAUGAUCUUUGCAUUUUAUUUCUUUGACCAAUGGGUAACUGCUGGAGCUACAGUAACCUCUGUAGUGGCCGUGGAAGCAGCAGUUUGCCUCCUCAUACCAUCAUCAAUGAAUUUCCAGAGUAUGGCACUGCAGAGUCGAGCAGACAAGCACCAUCGGCUCCAUCGACGUGCCAGGCUGAGCCUGUGACAUGCAGUCCAGAAAGACGGGACAGUCCCCAACGUGUCAGGCCUACUCCUCAGUGUGCAGCUCCUGCUGGUAAUUUGAGGCCUGAUGCAGGGGCAGUGCAGCUUCACACCCCAGAAAAAGGUUUGCAACCCACAGGUAAUCUGCCAGAGAUCAUGAAAAUCUCUCGACAGCUAGAAGCAACAAAGGUGCAAGAAAGAGCAAAUACUUCUCUCGAUUCAGAGACGCAAAUGGAAAAAAAGAGUGUUACUGGCAGCCAAAAUGUGCCGGCAGCCAGAGAGCCAGUUCCAGCAGGCCAAGAAAAACUCUCAGACAUGCUUCUUCCAUCUGAAGGAACAGCUGAGGGAAAAAAGUAUUUGAUCAUAGAGAAAGAUCUGGCUUCAGUACGGGCUGGAGAAAAGCAGUCUGAAUCCUCACAAGCCAUAAGUAAUAAAGCAGAGGAGGUCCACACAGCUCAGGAACCAAGCUGUCACAAGCCAUCUGUGACAAACCUGGAAGCAAUCAGCAGAGUGGAGAGGGGGGCACAUUCUGAGGAGUUUUCAGAGUACAGUCAAGGCAAAAUGCAAACAGGUACUGAGAGAAGGCUUGCUAAAGAGGCAGUUGUGAGUAAACAUGUAGAAUUUCAAGUUGUGGAGAUCUUAUGGCUGCAAAAAGCUGAGGAGCAGAGAAGAAAGAAGCACUCAGUGCUGGACUCUGUGUCUGUGGAGAGGAAGGCAUUCUCCAAAACACCCAGUCACCCUGUGUCACCAAUGAUCUCCCCAGCCUUGCUUUCCUUGCCAGACAGUGCAUGGAGUGAGGUCUGUGAAGACACGAGGCUGGAACCUGCUGCUUCUGGAGCCACUCCUCUACCACUGCUCGAAGAAGGCAGGAAGGAUGAAGUUUCUGUGAAGGACAGGAAGAACUGUGAUGAGGAGGAGAUGGCUAUGCUUGCAAGAGGCCAGGGCAGGAUGGUGGAGGAGCGGGAAGCCACCACAGGAGGAUAUGAAGAUUUCCUUGGGCAGAGGCACUCUGACGUCUCCACUGAUCUGUACAGCUCACAGUUUGAAAACAUCCUAGACAAUGCAUCUUUGUACUACAGUGCAGAAUCUCUGGAGACAUUGUACUCGGAGCCCGAUAGCUACUUCAGCUUUGAGAUGCCACUCACUCCCAUGAUCCAGCAGCGCAUGAAGGAGGGUGGACAGUUCUUAGAUAGGACAUCAGCCGUGGGACAGACAGAUGUCCCUGACAGGGAGGUGAAGGGAUGUGGUGAAGGCAUCGCUAAUGGCUUAAGGGAUGUAGGCGAAACACUCUUCAAAGGAGAUGUCACAGAAGUCCCUCAUCUGGAAAGCAGUCUUGACCUACAGAAUGUGGUGUUAGACUCCAGUGCAGCGAUGGGGAGCAGUGAACUUCAGGAGAAAGAUGCCACUGGAGCCCUUGUCCAUGACCUCAGCAAUGGCAGCCGCAGCAAUUUGGAAGCAGCCAGGCGCCUGGCUAAGCGCCUCUACCAUCUGGACAGAUUCAAACGCUCUGAUGUGGCAAAACAUUUGGGUAAAAACAAUGAAUUCAGCAAGCUUGUGGCCGAAGAAUAUCUUAAAUUUUUUGACUUCACAGGCAUGACGCUGGACUGUUCACUCAGGAGUUUCUUUAAAGCCUUUUCACUUAUUGGAGAAACUCAGGAACGAGAGAGAGUUUUAAUCCACUUCUCCAGCAGAUACUACCAGUGCAACCCAAAUGCCAUUUCUUCUCAAGAUGGAGUUCACUGUCUCACGUGUGCCAUGAUGCUGCUGAACACAGACCUCCAUGGCCAUAACAUUGGGAAAAAGAUGACCUGCCAAGAGUUUGUUGCUAACCUCCAGGGGAUGAAUGAUGGCAAAGACUUUCCGAGAGGGCUCUUGAAGGCCCUCUACAAUUCAAUCAAGAAUGAAAAGUUGGAAUGGGCAGUGGAUGAAGAAGAGAAAAAAAAAUCUCACUCGGAUGGUACAGAUGAAAAGGAUAAUGGGAACCAGACAAAGGCUGUCAGUCGAAUUGGCAAUUCAAAUAACCCAUUCCUGGACAUCCCUCAUGACCCCAAUGCUGCCGUGUAUAAAACUGGAUUUCUGGCUCGGAAAAUCCAUGCAGAUAUGGAUGGAAAGAAAACUCCCCGGGGAAAGCGAGGCUGGAAAACCUUUUAUGCUGUGCUGAAGGGAACGGUCCUGUACUUGCAGAAGGAUGAAUAUAAGCCAGAAAAGGCUUUGUCGGAGGAAGAUCUGAAGAAUGCGGUUAGUGUGCACCAUGCACUGGCAUCCAAGGCAACAGACUAUGAGAAGAAACCCAAUGUCCUCAAGCUUAAAACAGCAGAUUGGAGAGUCCUGCUUUUUCAAGCCCAGAGCCAAGAAGAAAUGCAGACCUGGAUCAACAAGAUUAACUGUGUGGCUGCUGUCUUCUCUGCACCACCAUUUCCAGCGGCCAUUGGUUCUCAGAAGAAGUUCAGUCGCCCACUCCUGCCAGCCACCACAACAAAGCUAUCUCAGGAUGAACAGCUGAAGUCCCAUGAAGCUAAGCUGAAGCAGAUCUCCACUGAGCUUGCUGAACAUCGCUCCUAUCCUCCUGACAAGAAGCUCAAAGGCAAGGAAGUAGAUGAUUACAAACUGAAGGACCACUAUCUGGAGUUUGAGAAAAAUCGCUAUGAGAUUUACGUUGGCCUACUGAAAGAAGGGGUGAAGGAGCUGCUGAGUGGAGGAGAGAACGAUGCGCCAGGACUGAAGAAAUCCCACUCAAGUCCUUCUUUGAAUCAGGAGUCUCCAGUUAGUGCCAAGGUGAAACGCAAUGUGUCAGAGAGGAAGGACUACAGGCCAGAAACACCCAGCAUUAAGCAGAAGGUCACUUAGGGUGCAAAUGACAACUAGGGGAACAGCCAUGCAGCAAAGUAUUGGUGGUCAAAAUUUUUUCAUUUAAUAAGCUGUCAUUCACAAAAAAUAAGUGCAUCUGCCUGAAUGGGGUGUUAGUGACAUUUUCUAUUGUAUAUUUUGCUGUUUCUGUGCAGAUUGUGGGAGAUGUCUUUGCUCCUGCUUUGCUUUGCUUUGUUAAUUUAUCAUUUAGCAAUUGAAGCAUCGGGACUUUUUUGUGUUAUUCUGUUUCUAAAGGAGCUGGGGAAGGGGUAGAGAGCUGUGACGUUUAUUCUAUCUCCUCCCCAUUUAUCUCCUCCCAUCGGCAUGUGGCUUUCAUCUCUCAAGUCACUUGUCACUUUAUUUACGUGGUGGGUGGGAAAAAUAACUGGACAAGUGCUGCAGUGCUGUGAAUGUGAGCUGUAGCUGUGAGAAAAGCUGUGCAAACAUGCAGCUGCAGGAGGCUGACUAUAGGGUAGGGUGCUGGGAGCACUAGUUUCCUGACAAUGUAAGGCAUGUUGGUACUGGUACUGAGCAGCAGGUAGUACAGUAAAUAGUCACUGUUGCUUAUUGUUACUGCAUUGACCCUGGACACUUUGCGUGUGUGAAGGAAUGAACCUGGAAACCUCUGGCAAUGCUGAGAUGACGGCAUUGGAAUAAUUUGUUUGCUUCCUCCCAAGCAGGGAGCCUUCUCCUGAGUUUGCAGCCUGGAAGGCAUCCAAACCCAUGCUGUCUCUGCAGUCAGGAAGAUUAGGGAUUACCCAGUUGGAAUGGCUAUCUGGGCUUCACAUUUAUUUGCAGAGAAGGCUGCUGUAGAUGUCAGCCAUUAGCAUUAUAUAUUAAUUAUAUAUAUUAAAGACAAAGGGCCUCUGUGUAGUUUUUAACUAUACGCUCUUACUUAGCUGCUAUAUAGAGCCUUAUGAUAUAUUGUGUCCUGUCGCUUCCCCUUCCGGGGGUUUCCUUGUUGGUGUGCAAAGAGAGCUGCUUUCAAUUCCUCUCAUAGUGACAAAGCACUUUGCCUUUUUCUUCAGAACGGGAUUCUCCUCAGUUCUCCAUUUUUCUUCUUUAGCUCAAAUAUAGGUGGAAGAGGCUGGUGCCUCCUCACAGUUCCUGCAUACCCUGUGCCAGACUUUCCAAGGGAGCACAGAUCUGGGAGAGACCACCAUGGGUAGGUCUUUCCAUACCUGAAAGGUACACUCUACACCCUGUUUGUGCCAUAGACCCUUGGGGUGGCCAGCAGUUUUUCAGGCACAGAGAGCAGAAAGAUGCCAUAGAAAUAAUUUUCCUACUUCCCAGCCCCUCUUGUGUGGGCAGUGUCAUGGAUCUGCAGAGAGUGCUGGCUCUCCUGUUACCCAACUUGUUGCCUGAGUUUUAAUCUCAGUUUUUAUACUGGCCUACAGGGUGAGCUUGGACAGGUCUCUCCCAUUUUGACAGGUCUCUCACCCUUUCCCUAUAUGAAGUAGUACUACCAAACUGGCCUUUCCCACAGAGCGCCUUGGGAGAUAAUGUUGAGGGCCAGUUGAAAACUGCUCCUUGCUGUUUGUUCUGUUGUGCCUGGCACAGGACAGCCUUCUUGUUGAAUGCAAUUCUUGGUGCAUAUAGAAAUGUCAAGAUCAAUGCAAGGACUGUUUAGAAAUGCACUGGUGUUUUCAGCCCAAGUAGUCAAAGAGCUGUACAUCAAAAAAAUUGCUAUCUGAGUGGAUGUGUGUUCUGUCAGGCUUCCCAAGGGUCCAAGUCAAUUCAUCUAGUUUUACUGAGCUCCCAGUCCAGUGGGCAGAACUAAGAGUGAUCAAAGAGAAAACGCCCUUAACAGCCACUGCAUGACUUGCCUUCCCUACUGAGUACCACCAUGCAACAGCUUUUGUAGUGUUGUGCUGUCUGUUGGCUGUAACAGUGAUGUUGCAUUCUCAGAUGUAAGGUUUUGGGGCAAAUUGAUCCUUGCAGCUGCAGCCUGGUAGCGAAGCCAGAUGAGACUAUUCUCAUGAGUGAUGUUGAGAUGUGCAUCCAUCUGGCAUCUGCCACAGUUGAGGAAUGCGGAAUACACCUCUGGGAAGAAAACUUGACCUCCCUUUUAUGAUUAAGGAGUGGUAUUUAGUGUUCCCACUGAGACUCUCCAAACUACAUGGCCCUUGCUCACUCCCUCCUCCUCCCAUCCUUGCAGUGGGCUGGAGAGGAGAAUUGGAAGGAUAAAGGGCAAAGACCACAGGUUGAGAUAACAAAAUUUACUGGAAAUGGCAAUGAGAUAAGAAAAUGAAUGGUAAACAACAGCAGUAUUAAUAACACAGUGCUCAAGAAUACUCACCACGCAGAACCCAACAAUACCCAACCGUUUGCUUCCCAAUACUCCGACCCAGGAGGGACAUCUUCUCCUGUUCCUGGAAAAUGACAUGAAGUGGUAUAGAAUAACUUUCAAGUCCAAGCCAUGAUCCUGCCGGGCUACUGCAUAAAUUAACCCUGUCCUGGCCAGAACCAGUACAUCAUUCUGUGAAUUAUUUUAUAUUACCAUAGGAUACAUGCAGCAGAAACAAAACCCAAAAAAAGGUGCAGAUCUAUAAAUGGCCCUGCUUGGCUGUCAGGGUUGGGUUGAGUAGAUGGUCUUUUUGAAGGCAGGCUAGAACAUGCUUGGCAAACCUCUUGUAUUUAUGGAGUGCAGUGCUCCAAAGGCAAAGAGGUGACAUUUUACUUUCUUCUUCCCUGGCUUUAAACAUAUUUUGGUUGCUGAAAAUUCCAGUUAAAUUGCUGAGCUCAAGAAGAAAUUACUCCUGUUAAAUGCAUUUUCCAGCUUUGACACAGAAACUGGGUAAUUCCUCUUCAAAGUCAUUGCAGGAAAGAUGAUUUGAAGCAAUAGGAAAAGUCAAAAAGUGAACUGCAAAAAGGAUGUUUUUUUCAUUAUUUAUUAUCUAAUUCCGUGUGUACUUGUAAACAGAUAGGGUAUUUUUUUUAGGUCUCAUCUGAAUGUAUCAAAUGCAGAUUUUAAUUUUUGCAUUUUUUAGUCAUUAAACAUUUGUUGAGCUUAGAGCAGUCUUGCUGAGGCUGUUGAGGCAUGCAGAUCAGUUUACCCAGAAUUUAUAGUUUCUGCUCCAGUUUUACUUAAUGCCAUUUUCCUUUGUUGCUUUACAAUGUAUAAGCAUGCCAGGCACCUGUGUAGAAAUGCACACUUUGGAGAACAAGAAAAAAAUGUGAUCCUGUUGCAAAAGUCUAAGACUCCUGCCCUUCCUUGGGAAUAGGUUCAUCUACCAAUCAGUAUUGUAAUUAGUUUUUUCCCUCCAGAUCAUACUAUAUAGGAUAGGGCAGAUUCUCAGGUGGUCUAAGUGGCGCAUCUCCUUGAGUAGCACCAUUAAGAAUCUGACCAGGGAGGUUUGCAUGGUACCCUGCACCCUGCCUUUCUUUGCGGAAAGAUGUUUCCCUCUAGGGAAGAUCAGUCAGUGCUUGACUGCAGCGACUCAGGAGCUCUGGUUGCAGUAUGUAAGAAUAUUCUGCUGGUUUCCAGCCUGCCUCUGGGACAUGAGCUACAAAUCACUGGAGCAGCCUGCAGUUUCCUGGGUGUACUCAGUGUAAGGAGCUACUGGCUGGCUGCCAUGAGCAUGUGUGCAUGUGGGAGAGCCUUUGCAUUGGUGACGCAGGGAGGUGCCAUCCUUCCUGGUCACCCUUCCUGCUCCAGUGUGCUAUCAUUGCUCAGGCAAGGCCUCUGCCUGCAUGUAGAGAGUGGGGAUACAAAGAGAGGGAGCAGGCUAAGGCUAACACCUCCUUACUUCCCCUUAAGAGGCAGAUACUGGUUCUGGGGGGACUCACCUGGCUCUGAAGCGUUGCUGGCUCCAGGGGCUGAACCGUCUGCUAUCCCCUACUAAGGGAGGAGAGACAGGAAAGGGCCCCACUAGUAUGCACCUGACAGCAGAGGGCUGAUGGAGAAGGGGAAAACUGCCUUCCCGUCUCCCCACCCAGCAACCAAAGUGGGUGAAAUACUCUCCUGAAGCCAAAACCAUACUCUCCUCUAUGAUUCAGCAGGAUGCAGGGAUGCAGGGGACUGUUUGAAAUGGGUUUUUUUUUUCAUCAGCGGCUGCUAAAGGGACUCCCUGGACUAGUUGUUUGUCUGCAUCUUGCAGAUAAAUUACACAUGAACCAGUGAACAUGACUACAGCUUCUAAAUCCAGUAUUUAUGUUGUGUCUUCAGUUGAUGUAGGGAGGUAAGUCAGCCAGCAGAGUGAUUAAUGCAGCAGAGUUGUGCGGGAAUGCUGUUCAGCUGUGUUGCCAGCUCAGUUUUUCAUCUGUAGCCAGUCACUUGUAAAUGGUUACCAGAAACUUUCUAAUGAUUAGUAACAGCUCCUCACUAAAAUACUUCCCCUCUGAUCCUGCCUGCUCCCAGGUUGCAGUCUGUCCGUGUUAAGGGGCUCUCAUGGACAGCUGUGCCCUGCACAGCCCUGCUUUGUGGAGGAAUUUGGCCCAACAGACCUACAGGGACUGUUCAGUGACUUUUCACAGCUCUGCCUUCGGAUAACAAGAUUGGUUGCUUUUCUGGCUUGAAAAAGCCAAAACUUUUGCCUUUCUCGAGUGAGGAAAUAAGGUUCUUGCUUGACUGGAGUAGGCCAUUCAGUGAAGAUGUGGCUAUGACAGUGGAAGAAGUCAGAGAUGGUUAUCAUCAGGCUUCUUGGAAGCAUUGUAUGGCAUUGUUCUCCUUGAAAGCGAGAAAUGCUUUUCUCUGCAGAUGGCUUACUGCUUACUGUGUCUGCAUUCUCCAUUUUAAAAUUAAUUUUGGUCUUAUUACAGUUAGUCUGACAGCUCCUCCUCCUUUUCUGACAAGCUGCUCUUGUCUGUCAUCUUAGCACCUCAGCUGCUUCUGUAUAACAGGUCUGUUUCCUUCCCUGCUUGCAGAAAUCCAGAAAAUUUGACUCUCCCAUCUUGCAUUGAGAAAACCUGCUCUGAAGCAGUGCUGCAUUGAGUGGAUAACCCUGUGAACAGCUUUUUCACUCUGCUUGUUGGUAGCCUGUGUUUCCAGCCACAGUUAUAGCUGGGAGGUGCGAGACCGAGUUUUAGACUGCUGUGAUCCUCUAGUUCUAUUCUGCAGGGAUGCAAAGUCGCCCUUCCCACACUUAGACCAGACACUUGCAACAUUCUUACUCUUCUAGUAUCCAGGCUGUUGGAAACACUGUCUGCUUCUGCGGGGUCUAAGGCAGUAUACUCGUAUUAUGCCGAGAAAUCUUGCAGCUUGCUGCUUGUUUAAAUUUUCUCCAGUAUUGCUCUCCCCAGGCUCUGGGACAUCACAUCUGCUCUGAGGGGGCAGUUAAGAAGUCCACAUUUCUUGUCAGAGCACAAUCAUUGCUCCUCAGCAUGUGUUCUCAGCAUCUGGUAUCUAGGCUUCCUAGAGGGAUGAACCAUAGAAGCUGUCUCAGAAAAAGCUAGUCUGCAGCUUGUGCUUUUUACAGGAUAUUUUUAGUGCAUAUAGAAGCAGUACGUCUGGCCUCUCCUGUCCUCCCAGAGCUCUCCCAGCAGCAUAGGUAUAGCAUAGUGGGUUGCUUCACUUGGAGCUUGUCUGUGGAGACCUGGGCUCCAGGAAGAAGAGGCUUUGUCAGCCUUCAGAGAAAUGCUACCAGCUGAGCAUCAGUGCACAGCACAGUGAUGCUGUGUGAAGAAGCCAGUGCCACCCUCCAUGGCUGGUCACCUGCUGGAGACUGUGAGCUCUAACAUUGCCCUCAGUGUUGGAGGUAAUGAGAAAUGCUGGCUUCCUUUUUUGUCUAGUCUGUGCUGCUUGAGGAACUGUCUUUACCACCCGCUGCUUUUCUCCCUUGUGACAGGAGCACCCCUAUCCAGGGAUACCACAGUUCCUUUGUGAGAAGAUUGGUUAACAUGAGAGCAAGGAGGAGAGGUCUUUGGAAAAAGUCUGAAUGCCAUCUGGGAGUAUCUGCUCUGCUGAUGGCAGCAUAGAGUUGAACGUUGAAAGGCCUGGCCUUGCCUGAGAGAAUGUCCCUUGCUCAAAUAUUUUGUUAGCUGAAUUAAGGUUGUGUUUUAGUUAUUUAUUCGAGCCCAUCCCUUACCAAAUGCAAGCAAGAACUUUCACAAAGGUUAGACCAUUGACCUGACUUUGCCCUUGUGGUCUGAAGGAGCAAAUUUAGACUAGUCCAAUGUGUUCUUUCUUGCCUGCCUUUGAGUGCUUAAUUAUUCUAUAAAAAUUAUAGAUGUUUAAUCAAUGAGGGACCUCCCACGGCAUAUGCUUUUAAAGCGAGCCAGAAACCAGCUGGAGUGCAGGCCAGAGGUUUAUCUGCACCAACAAAGGUACAUCACUUAGCAAUGCAAGCAUUGAAAGUGCAACAAGCCACAAGGGCAGGAUUUUUCUCUGACAGAAACCACUGUAAUUCGUAGCCACUCUGGCAGUCAUCCUGUCUGUACCUCACAGAUGAGACUAGCACAAGAAGACAAUUUUUGUUUACACAGGCAAAGUUUCAGCUUGGGCCAAUUGAUAUCAUGGUGUAGUGACAGAGCAGCUAGCUAAGCUGCCAUGAAGACCUGUUUAACACAAAAUCCUCCAACUCCCCUUAGCCUCUUGGUGGAAGAGGGAGAUAAAUGGUAUCAAGUCUGUGUCACUACGCAAUGCAAACUCUACUGGUAAUAUAAGUCUUAACUCACACACUUACGAAAUUCUCAUACUCAGAGCUGUCAGAUUCUGAAAGACUGUAGGAUGAGAACAGGGGUGGGUUGUGGUUGGGGUUUUUUUUAAAUUUGUACAUAUUCAUGACAACUGUGUCCUCUUACUUGAGUCUAGAAUUAUAAUUUGGCUAAAAGGACAGAGUUUUUUUGGCUGUUGAAAAACUUUUAAAUCACUCCUCUCUGUGAGGUACACUCUGAGACUUACAUUACUUGGUGAACAUGUUUAAUUGAUGCCUAUAAAUGUGUGUAUUUCCUAAGUAUAGUAUGGCUUCUAUGGCUCAGCACUGCAGAACCUGCUGUUCUUUUCUGGGGCUUGUUUGGUCAAAGCAUUCAGCAGCUGCAAACAUUGUUAGGAUGCUUGUUGUUCUAAUUGUUCUCAAGUGAGGUUAAACAGUUAUCAGAGUUUUUGCAGAUUUAAGGUAUACUUUGAGCUGCUUUGAUCUUCAUGCGUUGUCCACCAGGGGCUGCCUGUUGUUUUGCAUGUUGAAAGCAAGGCAUAUAUUUGAGAGUCUAAGCAAGAGCUAGUGGGUGGAAUUUUCUGCUUGCUUAACACUGGGCUGACUUUCUCCCAGUUUAUAUCAACUGAUGCCUGUACAAGGAGCAUCCAUGCUGACUUCUUCUGAAAAUCAUGCUCUGGGGAUCUAAUACACAGCUUUACUUCUGAAAAUGUUGACCUUGUUCUGUGAAAAUUCAGCAAAGGGACAUCAUGUCCAAAGUGUCCAAGAAGGACAGGUGCCUGUGAUGUCUCCUGCAGAUAUAGCAGUACGGCAGUAGUGAGGGGUUUAUUUUUCUACAACUGUUCAAAUUUCCAGAAGAGUGGCUCAUCAGCAGGGAAGAGAAGAGCAGCAGGGCUGAGAUAUCUAUCUUGGGCAUCUCUUAUGCCUCCCAGAGGUUUGUUUUGAGAGCAUUGAACAACCUUUUAACAAGUUGCUGGUCUGAGGCAAAAGGCAUAGGGAAACCCAGUGAGUUUUCCUAUUGCAUUCUAGUAAGGGAAACAGUAGCACGAUCUGCAUUAUUCUUGCAAAGAGAGAGAAAAAGCUGAGGGUGUGAUUAUUACAUGGAGUCAUAAAACUCUUUAGCAUGCAAUCAGGUUGAAGCACUUGAGCAACUUCAAUAGUGAAACUAUAGCUUUGCACUUCACUGGACCACAGCCAGAGUGAUUGCGCCUUGCAGAACUGAGACGUGAGCGAACUGGAGCUCAGAAUGAAAUUAAGAAGACCACCGUGUCACCUUGCUUUGGGCAAGCUGCAGUCCUAAUCUUUUUUCAGGUACUGGGUUUCUCCCUUGGGUUUCCUGCCCUCCAUGGUGGUGGGAAGAUGGGGGUGAGCACUGUCAGUUUCAGAGUCACAGUUAAGAAGUGUCAUUUACCCUCCACCUGAGCUGUUGCUAUGUUGUUUUCCCUUAGGCUGAGAAAGAGGACUGAAUUUUCAGUCAAUGUUGCUUGGUAGCCAAUGGGAAGCAUCUCAGCAGUGGUGAUGCAGAAAAACAUUUUGCACAUGCAUGUACAUACACCCUAUACAUCUCUUGUGUGCAGAACUAACCUUACAGGACUUGACAACAGUCCUUGCAAGACCUUUCGUCUGGGUGGUCUCCAAUUGCUUCUGUGAUGUGUAGGAACCUUCUUUCUGGUAACCUUGAAUUCAGUUUACUGUCAUCACUGAAUUGCUGGAGUGUUUUUCAUGUAAUACACUAGAGACAGUCCCAUUCUCACUGCUUUGUGGUAACUUCUUGGUCUGCUGUGAAGCAACAAUAUUGAGGUAGCCAUUAAAUCUUUUCCAGCAGCAUGGAACUUGCUGUUCUGACUCUGGGGAGGUCAUUAUCUCAGGUUUGACACUAUCCUACCACCAGGAUACCCUGUUUUGUCCCUGGGAAUAGGCAUGGCCAGAAAGGCGUACUUGGUGGUUAGAGUCAGAGCUGUGCAGACUUAAAUCAAGCCCUGGUUCAGGGAAGAUUUUUCCAUGUGCUGCUGAUAUCCAUAAGGACUCAAACAUAUACUUGCUUACACAGAGAUGCUUUCCUGAAGCAGAGUUGUCAGUCUUUUCUACAGGUAUCACAGGAUGCCCUCCCUUAUUCUGCUUCAUGUAUCUGGUACUAGAAUGAUAAUUUCCUGAUAAAUGAAGGCACUUAAUCAGUCCUCUUCCCCUUGGAAGAAGGACUUUUGGGGAUAUUGUUAUAUCAUUUAAAAUAAUAUUUUGGAAUUUAAGUUUACAUUGCUUUAUUUUUCACUUGAGGUGACUGUAUAUAAAUAUUUUCCUCUAUUUUAUCAUUGCUGAUAAAGUAAGCCUACAGUAUACAGACAAAUAAUUUGCCUUUGAUGUAUUGAAACUGUGAGAUAAAAAGUAGACUUCUCUCUUGUGUCCAUGUUCCUGACUAUAACUCUGUUCCUCUGUGUUUUUAUAAGUUGGAAUAAAUGUUGCUUACGGGCAACAAAGAGCCUGCAAGCUUCCCAAUAAUUUUUGUCAUUGAACUCAAGCAACCCUAUUGAAGGAUCUCACAUAUGUAUAAUGAUAUAUGUAUAUGUACAAACUUUAGAAAGAAAUAAACCAAAUGUAUUUCGCGUUCUGCA